GUCUCUCCCAACGACUUGUCAAUUGCCUAAGGUACCUUAUACCAGCCAUCCAGCAAUUCAGCCAAUCUACUACUAACCGAAACCUACGAAUUCACUUCAGACAAUCAAUUCCACACACAACCUCGCAAAAAUGGGUGUCACUGAUGUUUUGAGCCGCAAGACUGGUGUCAUCGUCGGCGAUGACGUCCUGAGACUCUUCCAGUACGCUCGCGAGCACCAGUUUGCCAUUCCCGCCAUCAACGUCACCUCUUCUUCCACCGUCGUUGCCUCUCUCGAGGCUGCUCGCGAUGCCAAGUCCCCCAUCAUCCUGCAGAUGUCCCAGGGCGGUGCUGCUUACUUCGCCGGAAAGGGCGUCGACAACACUGACCAGGCUGCUUCCAUCGCCGGUGCCAUUGCCGGUGCCAACUACAUCCGAUCCAUCGCCCCCGCCUACGGCAUCCCCGUUGUCCUGCACACUGACCACUGCGCCAAGAAGCUGCUGCCCUGGCUCGAUGGCAUGCUCACUGCCGACGAGGCCUACUUCAAGGCCACCGGCGAGCCCCUCUUCUCCUCCCACAUGAUCGACCUGUCUGAGGAGCCCGUCGACUGGAACAUUGAGACCACCGCCAAGUACCUGAAGCGCGCUGCCCCCAUGAAGCAGUGGCUCGAGAUGGAGAUUGGCAUUACCGGAGGCGAGGAGGACGGUGUCAACAACGAGGAUGUCGACAACAACUCCCUCUACACUCAGCCCGAGGACAUCCUCAACAUCUACAACACCCUCUCCCCCAUCUCCCCCUACUUCUCCAUCGCCGCUGGCUUCGGCAACGUCCACGGCGUCUACAAGCCCGGCAACGUCAAGCUGCACCCCGAGCUGCUCGGCAAGCACCAGGCCCACGUCAAGGCCGCCAUCAACGCCAAGGAGGACAAGCCCGUCUUCUUCGUCUUCCACGGCGGCUCCGGCUCCUCCAAGCAGGAGUACCUCGACGCCAUCAGCCACGGUGUCGUCAAGGUCAACAUGGACACCGACAUGCAGUUCGCCUACCUGUGCGGUAUCCGUGACUACGUCCUCAACAAGAAGGACUACCUCAUGACCACCGUUGGCAACCCCGACGGCGAGGACAAGCCCAACAAGAAGUACUUUGACCCCCGUGUCUGGGUCCGCGAGGGUGAGAAGACCAUGUCCAAGCGUGUCGCCGAGGCUCUCAAGGACUUCAACACCGCCAACCAGCUGUAA